GAGCUCCAUACCGGAUGUUGACAAACCGUUUUCGUGUGAGGCUGUCAGACAAACGGGGAGAGAAGCGAAUCUGCUCGAUUUCUCUGAAAACAGGCGACAGAAACGAGUUGCGAUGGGUCGAAUCUUCCUGGACCACAUCGGUGGGACGCGUCUGUUCUCCUGUGCUAACUGUGACACGAUUCUGACCAACCGCUCAGAGCUGAUCUCCACACGCUUCACCGGCGCCACCGGCCGCGCGUUCCUCUUCAACAAGGUGGUGAACCUGCAGUACAGUGAGGUGCAGGACCGCGUCAUGUUGACGGGCAGACACAUGGUGCGGGACGUCAGCUGUAAGAACUGCAACAGUAAGUUGGGCUGGAUCUAUGAGUUCGCCACCGAGGACAGCCAGCGCUACAAAGAGGGACGCGUCAUCCUGGAGCGGGCGCUGGUGCGGGAGAGCGAGGGCUUCGAGGAGCACGUGCCGUCAGAUGCAUCCUGAACACACACACAAACACACACACACACACACACACACACCAGCACACUGUGAGCGGUUUCUCACACACAACCACACGCAUGUAAAUAAAGGCACACUCGUACUUCGACACACACACACACACACACACACACACACACACACACACACACACACACACACACACUGUUAGACACUCUGCACACUCUCAAACACUUACACAGAUAAACAGACAGACACACACACACACACACACACAGACAGCAGGACAGAGCAUCAGCACACUCUGGGUGACACAAACUGUGUGUGUGUGUGUGUGUGUGUGUGUGUGUUUCAGCUGGUUUCCUUCAUCUUCUGCUUCUGUGCUAAACUCAAACCAAACUGCAGACAACAACACUGCUUCAAACACACACACACACACGCACGCACGCACACACACACACACACAAACACACACACACACACACACACACACACACACACAUAAUGACCAGACGCCAGAACACACACACUCAGUCCUGCUGUCUGCUCCGGCAUGUUCCUCUGCAGUGUGAUGAGGCGUGCAGUUCCUGUUGCUCCUCUGGUUCUGUAAGUCCAGCAGAUCUGGAGCUCUCAGUAGAUGUUCGCUGUGUUCAUUUGACUCCAGCUCAAUAAAAGCUUUAUUCAGUGUU